CCCGGAAGUAACUAGAUAGACCUAUGAGCUGACUGAGUGCCCCCAACUCUGUAACUAUCUCAUCAUCAUCGCCUGUUUCCGUCUCUUUCCUCCCCACUUCUAGCGCUUUCAAGCAAACAGAUAAAUACAAGUUUAACUUCUUUGUCUUGCUGUUCCUUCUUCAUUUGAAUUCACCAGGAAUAAAGAAAAUCAAGAACAAGAAUCUUAAAAAAAAAAAAAGUGAUACCCGAUUCUUACAGUGCAAAGCCAACAACAUUAAGGCUUCCACUUACACGCACAACAACAUCUACCUACUACUUUUACAUUCUACCAGCACAUAUUUUCUCGUUUUGACGUUUGAUAUUGAGACGCAAUAUUGAGACACACAUCAGAUCAAAACACUAAGACACACAGACACAGCCGUCAAAAUGGCUUCCAGAAUGGAAUUCACAGAUCGGGGCAAAAAGGCCCUAGAAGAUGCCAUGGCGCUGGCAGAGCAAUAUGCUCACUCCCAAUUAUUACCAAUCCACCUAGCUGUCUCUCUGCUAGAUCCCCCGCCAGACCAAUCCAAGGACCAGCAAAAUCAACCAGGUACCACCAACAGCCUGUUCCGACAAGUAAUUGAGAGAGCACAUGGCGACCCUCAACUAUUCGACAGAGCACUCAAGAAGACGUUAGUCCGUCUGCCAAGCCAAGAUCCCCCGCCAGAGAACGUGUCUAUGUCACCAUCAUUUAGCAAUGUUCUCAGAAAGGCUCAGGAGUUACAAAAGACGCAGAAGGAUACAUACAUCGCAGUUGACCACCUCAUAACUGCGCUAGCCGAAGAUCCAACAAUCGCCAAUGCUCUCAAAGAAGCUAAUAUCCCCAAACCCAAGCUGGUCCAGGAGGCCGUCCAAACUAUUCGCGGGACGAAAAGGGUGGACUCCAAGACAGCCGAUACCGAGGAGGAGCACGAGAACCUUUCCAAGUUCACUAUCGACAUGACCGCUAUGGCAAGGGAAGGUAAGAUUGACCCUGUCAUCGGUCGAGAAGAGGAGAUCAGACGAGUUAUCCGCAUUCUCUCACGACGAACAAAGAAUAACCCGGUACUGAUUGGUGAGCCUGGUGUCGGUAAAACUACCGUCGUUGAAGGCUUGGCUCAGCGGAUUGUCAACGCCGAUGUACCUGACAACCUCGCCGCUUGCAAGCUGCUCUCCCUUGAUGUCGGCGCUUUAGUUGCCGGCAGUAAGUACCGUGGUGAGUUCGAAGAGAGAAUGAAGGGCGUUCUCAAGGAAAUACAGGAGUCUAAGGACAUGAUCGUUCUCUUCGUUGACGAAAUCCACUUACUUAUGGGUGCCGGUGCUUCGGGCGAGGGUGGCAUGGACGCUGCCAACUUACUUAAGCCCAUGCUUGCCCGUGGACAAUUACACUGCAUUGGUGCAACAACCCUUGCCGAAUACCGGAAAUACAUUGAAAAAGAUGCCGCUUUCGAACGACGAUUCCAGCAAGUCAUCGUCAAGGAACCAAGCAUUCCUGAGACCAUCUCCAUCCUCCGAGGUCUGAAGGAGAAGUACGAAGUUCAUCACGGUGUCACCAUCUCUGAUGCCGCCAUAGUCGCUGCUGCAAACCUUGCUGGACGAUACCUUACUUCUAGGCGUCUUCCUGACUCUGCUGUUGACUUAAUUGAUGAGGCCGCAGCAGCCGUCCGAGUCGCCCGAGAAUCUCAGCCCGAAAUCAUCGACUCUUUGGAGCGCAAGUUACGACAACUCAGAAUCGAAAUCCACGCGCUGUCCCGAGAGAAGGAUGACGCCUCGAAGGCUCGACUCCAGGCUGCCAAGCAAGACGCCGAAAACGUCGAGGAGGAGUUGCGGCCUCUCCGAGAAAAGUAUGAACGUGAACGAAAGCGUGGCAAGGACAUCCAGGAAGCUAAGAUGAAACUUGACCGCCUGAAGGUCAAGAUGGAGGACGCGGCCAGAAUGGGUGACCAUGCCACCGCCGCAGAUCUCCAGUACUACGCCAUCCCCGAACAGGAGAAAGUGAUCAAGGAACUCGAGCGCCAGAAGGCCGCUGCCGAUGCAGCUCUAAGUCAGAACGAUAUCGGCGGUGCAAUGAUCACGGAUGUAGUCGGACCAGACCAAAUCAACGAAAUCGUUUCACGCUGGACCGGUAUUCCUGUCACAAGACUAAAGACCUCCGAAAAGGAGAAGCUUAUUCACAUGGAGAAGGCUCUCGGAAAGGUUGUCGUUGGACAGAAGGAAGCAGUGCAAGCAGUCUCCAACGCCAUUCGGCUGCAACGAUCUGGGCUUAGCAAUCCCAACCAGCCGCCGAGCUUCCUCUUCUGUGGUCCAUCAGGAACCGGUAAGACUCUAUUGACAAAGGCUCUUGCUGAGUUCUUGUUCGAUGACCCGAAGGCGAUGAUCCGGUUCGAUAUGUCCGAGUACCAAGAGCGUCACGCACUAAGCCGAAUGAUUGGCGCGCCGCCGGGAUAUGUUGGACACGACGCCGGUGGUCAACUUACCGAGGCCCUCCGCAGAAAGCCCUUUUCUAUCCUACUGUUCGAUGAAGUUGAGAAGGCUGCGAAGGAAAUUCUUACUGUCCUUCUCCAACUUAUGGAUGACGGUCGUAUCACCGAUGGACAAGGUCGUGUCGUCGAUGCCAGGAACUGUAUUGUCGUCAUGACUUCCAACUUGGGUGCGGAGUUUUUGGCUCGUCCAACUAAUCGCGACGGCAAGAUCGACGCCACAACCCGGGAACUGGUAAUGAACGCCCUACGCAACUACUUCCUACCAGAGUUCCUCAACCGUAUCAACUCAAUCGUCAUCUUCAACAGGCUCACAAAACGCGAGAUCCGCAGGAUCGUCGACCUACGGCUUGAAGAGAUCCAAAAGAGGCUUUACGACAAUGAUCGCAACGUGCGCCUCGAAGUCACGGAUGAGGUCAAGGACUACUUGGCCAACGCAGGCUACUCGCCCGUCUACGGUGCUAGGCCACUAGGCAGGGUGAUUGAGAAGGAAGUUCUUAACCGCCUGGCCGUCCUCAUCCUACGCGGUGGCAUCAGGGAUGGAGAGAUCGCAAGGGUCGUCAUGGCUGGUAACAAGAUUCAAGUCCUGCCCAACCACACCGAUAGCGAACUUGAUGGUAAUGACGAAGAUAUGGCCAUCGAUGAGGAUGAUGCGGUAGAGGAUAUCGUACCCGACGGUAUGGAUGAGGACAUCUACGAUUAGAGGGGGGGUACGAGUACCGUAUAGUCCCAAAAUUGACGACGAGUGAUGAAUAAUGAGCUACUAAGGAACGAAGGGAACGUAACCAUUUCUAAGGGUCAUGGAAUACAUACAAAUGUAAGGGGGUGAGUGAGCAUGUUAUUCGCGGAAAACAAUGGAACCCGGCAUAUGGCGUUACAAGGCAUCCGGCAAAGGAACUUGGAAGUUAGCUGAUUACCUACCUGUUAGCAUUAUUGCAAACUGAAAGUCUCGGAGUAGACUUAAUAUAAAUAAUUCAUAAA